AUUUCAUUUUUUAGUUGUGGUGUCUUGCGUUCGCUACGACAAACGGCUCUGUCGUAACUGUGGACUGGUGGGUUUUUUCACGAAAUUCUUGUCUACCAAGUUUGGUGAUCAUUUCCUACCGUCUGUCAAUAACAUUCAUCGUAGAGUACAUGUAAAAGGUGAGGCGUUGUUUUUUUUUCAUAAGUAUUUGUUACAGAAUUUUCACGUAUAUAAUUUUCUCUACUCUUUAUAUCUUGAGUGCUGCAGACCUGUCCUUGUCCACUCGGAGGAUCUCCCCCGGGGGCACACGAAAGUUUCUGUUUUAUCGAAACAACUUGGCAUGAUCAUGAAGACCCAGAUGAAGAUGUUGCCUCGACUUUCUUCGCAAAAGAAGCGCAAAAAAGCGGUCCACUUCGCAGGAACUAUGGCGGCCUUUUUUCUGAACGGCUUCACGAUCUUUAUUUUCCCUGUAGUGGACGAUUUGUUUUCGUUUUCCUUUUCAUCUUCUUCCCAGUCUUACUACAGCCUGCAACCUGUGCACGCCGCUGGUGUGAUUACUGGCUUAAAUGCUGCGGAUGAAGGAGGUUCCUCUUCAGCCUCACGACCGGACAAGCAAAACAAAGCAGGAGAUCAGACCAGCAGUCCUGCACGCGGAUCGUCGUCGUCGUCGAAGAAACUACCUGGAAGUAUUUUUACACGGCCGUCGAAAGGAAGAACUACAAUUACAGAGAGCCGACAUGAUGCUGAUAAAAAGCUGCGGAAGAAACAGAAAGCAGCCAGCUCCAGCACUACUAGUAGUGCCACUUCGAAGAGGACGACGAGUACUUGUACUGCAUUUUCAACAACACCAGCUGGAAACAAAAUAUUGAAAAACUAUAACCAAACUUUCCGGUCUGCCCUCUGCGUGGCCUCGUUGCAGACGCCCUACCAAAACGCCCGGUGGGACAGGCGACCACUGGGGGGUCUCAACCUACGCAUUGCAAAAGUACCGUACUAGUAGUAGUUGCAAUACAAAUUCGCUCAACAUGACAAAUGGAAUUUGUAAAUGCGGAUUUGCCUUGGGAACCAGAUUUGUAAUGCAUGAAUGCGAUUACUACGAGUGCCUACGAUACUUUUGCACAGGAUACAACCGCUGCGGCCACGAUGCGAAGCUGAUGUCGCUGCUGUUUAUAUUGAGAGGAAAAAUCCCCUCUGCCCAUAUCGAGAAGGCAUGCUUCCGAAAAUUUGUGUUGCUGAUUUGAGACCACAACUCACGGCUGUCUUGCAAGAAGACAAAUGCAGAGGCUUCCCUGCCAUUAUGGGAGCGGUUUGGCAUGCCGUUGGGCCUAGAGGACAGCCGUUUGAAAUGCUAAGCAACUAGACCAAAAUAUCCCUCUCUAGGCUGCGGAUCUGGCUGCGAUGCCGUAUUGCAAGACAGCGCGCAUUUGUGUACGCAAAUCCUGCAUCACAGAUUUCCCAUUUGGUAUGGGGUGGGGGGAUUUUUCCUUUUGAUAGUUUAAGGAAAAGAAGUUCCAGGCGGUGAAAAAGGUCGUGGGCUACGCGCAAACCAAGAAAAUGUUUGUGAAAAGAGUGAAGUCACGGCCUGCGUUGCGAAGAGAAGACGCACUGAUGAAGAUGAUGAGAUGGCUCAAAGCAGGUAUAAGUACGUAUAGCAUUUUAUGGUGGCGUCAACGACGCUUUUUUCAAGUAUGCUGGAAAUUUUGAUAUGCAUUUUUUUUCGCAUGACGAUUGGGGUUCCGAGCACUUGGGCGACACUCGAAGACAUCGCGCCCCGUUCCCACAGGGCCUGUGUCUAUCAGCUUGGAGGCUGGCCACGUCAAGCUCCUCCGGGACCCACUUCGUGGAGGGCCCGCCGCGUGGCAUUCGCUGUUGGCGAGGCGCCACGGCGUCCCGAAAUGCACCAAGGGGCGCGCCCCUAUGUGUUGGUGAUGCGCAUGCCCCGCCGCGCGGGCACACUUCGAGCAAAUAGAGGCCUUGCACAGGUUGGGCAAACCUCGACGAUGCCGCGCAACAUUGGGCCGCGUUUUUGGUUUCCCAUCGAUUCGGCGCGCCCGCGUCCAUGGCGAAGGCUUUGCGGAUGUGCCCUCCCUGUGCGCGAGCGCAUAGACAUAGUCGGUGGGCCCGCAGCCAAUCGCGAGCGCGGCGCCUGUGCGAGUUCAGUCACCGCGGCGCCGCCCGCCCGCCGGGCCGCCGAGCAGAAAUGGCGGCGAGGCCUCCCCGCGGCUUGCCGCUGGCACCGCGGGGAGGAAAAAGGCCAGUGAAUGCACUACCAGGAAAGCGUCGGCGGCAAGCCCCGGGGGGUGCCUCCGGAAGGGGUGAAAAGAUGCCCCCCAAAAGAACGCGAAACCCCAGCGAAUGAUGCCCCUCAAAGAGGCCCCCAAACGUCCCGGAGUAAUUGCCCGACGCCGGGCAGAGAAUUCUCCGGAAAUUGCGCCGAAGGACCUCUGCCUGUGCUUGGGGUGCCUCGGAAAUAAAAGGCAGCAACGCUGAAACGGGCCGCGCCCCAGGUGGUUUCGCUGGAAGGCGGAAAGACCUAAACCCGGCGGGGGACUGGCGCCUGUCAAGGGGGCGCGCACAGAUUAGCGAGAGCAAAAUGUUGGUGGUGUAGGGUCCGCGCGCUUUGGCGGGCCAGGGUUUCCGGCCGUGUCCGGAAAAGCUGGCCCACGUCCGGCUUUUUCUUCCAAGGUGCAUUUUUUGGCAUUAUUUUCGCCCACUGUGCCCAAUGUCUUCGCCGCUGGUAUGUCGGCAGGGGUUUCCAUAAACAGAGGAGAGACGGGGGGCCAACGAGGAAAGCUUGGGCGGAUGUCGGGAGGCGCCCUCCCUCCCCGUAAUGAUCUCAGACAAUGCGCGCGGGCCAACACGGCGGGCCUGUUCAUGGGCGUCUAGCUUGGCUCCCCCUCAUUGGGCCUGCGCAAUCAAGUGCGCGGCCCGCUUCUGCAGUUUCAUUGCCCGAAUGCGCACGGGCGGAAGGGCGGCGCAUUUGCAAAAAAUACGCAUACAAAAAUUCUCAGCAUACUUGAAAAAAGCGUCGCUGACCGGGCCAUACAUUUUUAUCCUCCAGCUGAGGAAGCAGUUGCUUCCGAGGUGUUAUUUUUUUCUUGCUUGAGAAGUGCUGUGCUUUUUCUGUACCUAAAAAAGUUAUUACGCCUCGACACAAGAACAUCAAUCUCAAUCUGAAUAGUUCGGUAGUUGUUCCAGCAAAUACUAUAAAGAACAUUAGGUGCGAAGCGGAAGAAGGCACUUUUCGUCCUUUACAUGUCGGGCCACGGGUAUGGGAGUUCCAGGAUUGAAAUCGGCAAAGUUGAAAUAGUUUGCCAUGCAUAAAACAGAUACCAGCUGGGGUCUAGUUUCUAAGUGGUGCAUGACAAAUUUGGGUAGAGCCGAAAUCCAGUUUGUCAUGCUGUUUGGGUAAGGGAUGCGCCUUGUGUCAUGCUACUUUAGCAGCUCUUUUAUUUUUACCCCUCAACAGGCUUCCAAUCUGCAUCCCUUGCGUCCUCUGCAAUAGAGGCAAUGUUUGCGUUGCAUUUUAUGCAUCACAACUUUGACGAUUUCAAUCCUGACGCUUCCAUAACGGGUUCGCUGCCUCGGAAUGCUACCACCAGCCGCACCUAUAUGCUGUGCAAAAGUAUCGGACUCGUAGUAAUUGCGUUUAUGCAUUACAAAUUUCUUUCUCAAGGCAAACCAGCAUUACAAAUCCAAUUUGUAAUGCUGGGCUAAUUUGUAAUGCAACUUAUACUAGUAGUAGUACCAGUACGAUGCUUUUGCAUUGCAUAACCUAAAAGGUGCGGUGAUGUUCGCGCCAGACGACCGGCGCAAGAAGACCUACGCAAAUGCAUCCUUUCUGACCUUCGAGGACAUUUACGAGAUUUGGACGCUCGCGCAGGAUAUCAACUGCAAAAGUGUCUGGGUCUAGAAGAAUGCAUGUUUGUCAUGCUUGUCUGGUAUGACUCUUAAAUCUGUCAUGCAUGUUACCCAAGAGCAAGAGCUCCAUGUUCAUUUUUCUGUGAUGCAGAGUCGCAGUUUGUCAUGCAGAAUAGGCAACACCUAGAAGCUCAGAAACUUGUCAUGCUGAGCCAGCACUUGCGGCCUCAUCAUGAGACGCCACCCAGCGUCACAAGCUUCCAGACCCAGACAUUUUUACAUUUGAUACAGGAAACGUUUUUUUUGACGGAGACGCAGAAGAAAAACCACAAGCUUCUCGUAAUCGCGGAUGCGUGUUACUCCGGGAAACUAGUCGCACAACUGAAAAAGUUGCCCGCGGCUAAGCAGCAGAAGCUGAAUGUCGCCAUUCAGUCGGCCGGUGACGCGCGACAGCGCGCGUGGGAAAGUGGGCGGAAGCACCGCGGAUUUUUCUUUCACAACGGGGAACUUACCAGCUACUUGGUGGCUCGGAACUUCUUGACGAAAGGGCGGAAUAAAUGGAAGAACGGGACGAAAACGCGCAGUGAAAACCAGAACACUUUUCUGAAAAGGCAGAAACAGAAAAUGAAGCAAAGGUCCGGCUGUAAGCGAGGCGGGGGACGAAGUGCUUCUACAACCUCCUCAGGGAUGAAUAAGAAAAGCAAGAAGGCGACGGAGCGUUGUAACAGGAAAAAAGUGAACAUGGUGCAGGGCAGAAGAGGCAUUGUCCGCUGGUCGAGCGUGAAUGCGCGCGGGCAGUUCCCCGAUUACUACGCCACCUGGAAUAUCCUGAUUAAAAACGUCCCCACACCAGAGUUAAGAUGGGAAAUCUGCUAGACAAAUCAACAAGCCUUGUUGGUUUGGCAUGGCAAGUUUGUCCUCGUAGUGUAAUCCUGUGUAUCACAGAUCUAGCGCGGCAUGCUGAUUCUCGCAUCACAAAUUCCAAAACACGAACAGAGAAUUGCUUCUCAUAGGGCUCCGCAUGAGAAACUUUACUUUUUUGGCAUGCAGAAUUGCAUGACAACUAUGGGGUCGGGACGUUUUUACACGGGAUAUGGAAUCGAGAGUCGACGAAAGAAGGCCCGAUCACCGAUUUCGAAGAGUACCUCCCGGGUAUCGAAGAAAAAAACUGUGUUGGUCUCUAUAUUGGAAAAACGCGACCUGUCAUGCCAAAUCUGUAACAUCUCACUGAGGCUACUUAGAUUCAUUUUCAUCCGUGCCUUCUUCACGUAGGAGUAGCGUUUCCUGACAGCUUUUGUUAAUGUCAUGCAGCGCAAGAAAUUUGUCAUGCGGCCAGCGCCAGCCUGAGCGGCAGCCUGAGCGGCAGCCUGAGCGCCAGCCCAAAAAAGUUGCGAGCUAGCAGAGUUUUUUUCUCGGAUUCCGAGAGGACUACAGUUGAUCCGCCGGAAGCGGGGAAAUUAUGUGGGAUAGUUU